AUGGCAGACUACUCCAACGAAGCAGCCUCUGGCGACUCAGCGGCCACUGAAAACAAAGGCAAAGGAAAAGCUGCCGAUACAGCUCAAGACAUGAGUAUGGACGAGGACGAUGAUGGCUCUGAUGAGGAGUCGGGAGUUGAGGCUGAGGCCGAAGAGCCCGAAGAGGAAGAUGAGGACAACAUGGAGGAGAUUGACACAAAUAACAUCAUCGGCAGCGGCCGACGUACGCGUGGCAAGAACAUUGACUUCGCAACCGCCGCCCAGAAUGCAGAGGGUCUGGACGACGAUGAGGACGACGAUGACGACUUUGAAGAGCCCCAGGAGGAUGACGCCAUGGAGCACUAA